GAGGUAGAGGAGGAGAAGAAGGAGGAAGUAGAGGAGGAGAAGAAGGAGGAGGAAGAGGAGGAGAAGAAGGAGGAGGAAGAGGAGGAGAAGAAGGAGGAAGUAGAGGAGGAGAAGAAGGAGGAGGAGGAGAAGAAGGAGGAGGUAGAGGAGGAGAAGAAGGAGGAGAAGAAGGAGGAGAGGAGGAGAAGAAGGAGGAAGAAGAGGAGGAGAAGAAGGAGGAGAAAGAGGAGGAGAAGAAGGAGGAGGUAGAGGAGGAGAAGAAGGAGGAAGUAGAGGAGGAGAAGAAGGAGGAGGAAGAGGAGGAGAAGAAGGAGGAGGUAGAGGAGGAGAAGAAGGAGGAAGUAGAGGAGGAGAAGAAGGAGGAAGAAAGAGGAGGAGAAGAAGGAGGAGAAGAAGGAGGAGGAGGAAGAAGAGGAGGAGAAGAAGGAGGAGGAGAGGAAGGAGGAGGAGAAGAAGGAGGAGAAGAAGGAGGAGGUAGAGGAGGAGAAGAAGGAGGAAGUAGAGGAGGAGAAGAAGGAGGAAGAA